UGGGCGCACAACAACGACAGUAACGGGAUUUGGGUUGGCUGAACAACGAUCCUACGCUCGUUCCCUUAUUACUUUUCCCCAUUUUCCUACUGUUCCUUCUGUUCUUUUUUUUUUUGUUUACCGUUGCCAGACGCAACGAAAACGACAGUUGGCAUUUGAAUUCGUUUUGAGCACACACACACACACUGGCGUAGGCCACCAAGCAGCGAACACACAUGCACACAUACUCCAGAAACGAAACAGACGCUGUCGGCGACCUCGACAAGCAGUUCCUGCGAUUAAGCCAUCAUUGCCUCAAACUCUGUGGGGAGCUGCCGUUUCAUUCCAACACAUUUUGCAUUGCAAAUACAUAAGCAGAAGCAAGUAGUUCUACGACUAACGGAACUUCUCGCCAACCGCCAAGCAGUCGAGGUCCGUGAAGCAGUGCUAGGAGAAUCACACACCAAAAGGACUUUCAGUAAAGCGGACCUUCUUCACACAAGAUCAUCGACCCUAAAAUGGAAAUGAUAACGGUGGGGCAGAGCGUCAAGAUCAAGCGCACGGACGGCCGUGUCCACAUGGCCGUGGUGGCGGUGAUCAACCAGUCGGGCAAGUGCAUCACAGUCGAAUGGUACGAACGGGGCGAAACCAAGGGCAAGGAGGUGGAACUAGACGCCAUACUUACGCUCAAUCCGGAGCUGAUGCAGGACACCGUGGAGCAGCAUGCCGCCCCGGAGCCCAAGAAACAGGCCACCGCCCCGAUGAACCUCUCGCGGAAUCCCACUCAAUCGGCCAUUGGUGGCAAUCUCACCAGCCGCAUGACCAUCACCGGCAACAUGCUGAACAAGAUCCAGGAGACCCAAUCGAUUCCGCAACCGCUGGGCAACAGCAAUAGCGUCAAUACGAAUAGCAACUCGAACACCACAGCCGGCGGAGCCUCCUCCACCACCGGGUUGCAGCGACCGCGCUACUCGCAAGCUGCAAUCGGCCAGCAGCAGACGAGGAUUGCCUCGGCAGUGCCCAACAACACAUUGCCCAAUCCAGGGGCGGCAGCAGCGGCAGCAGCUCCAGCAGCCCAGGCUGCUGCUCCGGCCAGCAACACAACCCAGGGAGCCGGCGGAGGAGCUCGCCGAUCGCAUGCCCUUAAGGAGGUGGAACGUCUGAAGGAGAACCGCGAGAAGCGACGUGCUCGCCAGGCCGAGAUGAAGGAGGAGAAGGUGGCCCUGAUGAACCAGGAUCCGGGCAAUCCCAACUGGGAGACGGCGCAGAUGAUACGCGAGUACCAGAGCACACUGGAGUUCGUGCCGCUGCUCGAUGGCCAGGCCGUCGAUGACCACCAGAUCACUGUGUGCGUGCGAAAGCGACCCAUCAGCCGCAAGGAGGUCAAUCGCAAGGAGAUCGACGUGAUCUCGGUGCCGCGCAAGGACAUGCUCAUCGUGCACGAGCCUCGCAGCAAGGUCGACCUCACGAAGUUCCUGGAGAAUCACAAGUUUCGCUUCGACUACGCCUUCAAUGACACGUGCGACAAUGCCAUGGUAUACAAAUACACAGCCAAGCCGUUGGUCAAAACCAUUUUCGAGGGCGGAAUGGCGACGUGCUUCGCCUACGGCCAGACAGGAUCCGGCAAGACGCACACCAUGGGCGGCGAGUUCAACGGAAAGGUGCAGGACUGCAAGAACGGCAUCUACGCCAUGGCGGCCAAGGACGUUUUUGUGACCUUAAAUAUGCCACGUUAUCGCUCCAUGAAUCUAGUCGUUUCGGCCAGCUUCUUUGAGAUCUACAGCGGAAAGGUCUUCGAUCUUCUGGCCGACAAGCAAAAGCUGCGCGUCCUGGAGGACGGCAAACAGCAGGUGCAGGUGGUGGGCCUCACCGAGAAGGUGGUGGACAGUGUCGAGGAGGUGCUGAAGCUCAUCCAGCACGGCAAUGCUGCCCGCACCUCCGGCCAGACGUCGGCCAACUCGAACUCGUCGCGUUCGCACGCCGUCUUCCAGAUCGUUUUGCGGCCGAUGGGCUCCACCAAGAUCCACGGCAAGUUCUCGUUUAUCGAUCUGGCGGGCAAUGAACGUGGGGUGGACACCUCGUCGGCCGACCGACAGACACGCAUGGAGGGUGCCGAGAUCAACAAAUCGCUGCUGGCCCUCAAGGAGUGCAUCCGGGCCCUGGGCAAACAGUCGGCCCAUCUGCCCUUCCGUGUCUCCAAACUGACCCAGGUGCUGCGCGACUCGUUCAUUGGCGAGAAGAGCAAGACCUGCAUGAUCGCCAUGAUCUCGCCGGGACUGAGCUCCUGCGAGCACACGCUCAACACGCUGCGCUAUGCGGAUCGUGUCAAGGAGCUGGUGGUUAAGGAUAUCGCCGAAAUCGGCCCUGGCGGCGACAGCGAGACCAUCGAGAUCAUGGACGACGACGAGGAGGAGGAGCUCAACCUGGUGCAUCCACACUCUCACCAGCUGCACCAGAACACGCAUGCGCCGGCCUCCCAGUCGCACAACCAACGUGUCGGCGGUCCAGGCUCUCAUCUCUCGGGCCCCAGUAUUCACAACAAUAAUAACAACAAUAACAAGAACGGAAACGCUGGAAACAUGGACCUGGCCAUGCUGAGUUCGCUGAGUGAACACGAGAUGUCCGAUGAGUUGAUUGUACAGCACCAGGCUAUUGACGACCUGCAGCAGACGGAGGAGAUGGUGGUGGAGUAUCACCGCACCGUGAACGCCACACUGGAGACUUUCCUCUCCGAGUCGAAGGCGCUGUACAACCUGACCAACUAUGUGGACUACGACCAGGACUCAUACUGCAAACGGGGCGAAUCGAUGUUUUCGCAGUUGCUGGAGAUCGCCAUUCAGUGCCGGGACAUGAUGGCCGAGUACCGCGCCAAGUUGGCCAAGGAGGAGAUGCUUUCGUGCAGUUUCAACUCGCCGAACGGCAAGCGUUAGUUCCCGCACCCAACUUUCACCCUAUCUUUUUUUACACAACACCCCCCUCCCUCCCCUUUGGCUUCCCAUCUUUGUUUGUUGAAUGCAAAAUAUGCACUCUCACUAGAAUUUUACAUUUUUUGUUGCAACCUCGCUCUUGGCCCCCUCGCAUUUGGAUACCAUCGUCAGCUAUGGAGGAUUUGAUGUGGGGGUCGGGUGGCGGGUGGCGGGUUUACUCCUACACAAAAACUUGAACGGACCCAAGCCAAGGGACCGAAGACCACAGAAGUUCUUAUAUACAAAGCAUGUGUAAGUCCAAAUAUCCCGAUUGCUUUGGCAUUUUUAACGAUGAUGUCGUCGUCUAACGUAUUAAUAAAAAAUUUCUGCAUCCGUUUUAAGAAACUUAAAUGUUCAAUUAUUGAUACAAACAAAAGAAAGACUUGUCACAGCCCCCUAUCUCUUAUUCUCUGUCUAACUCGAUAACGCUGCGAGCUGGUUUUAUUAAGUUUUAAACUACAUUCAUAAUCGAGGAGGCGCACUGUUGAAAGUCUGUUAAAAUAUAUACUUUAUGAACUAAGCACGGGAACACAGAUUUACAAUGACAGCAAACACACCAAUAACAAAUAACAGCAAAGCCCACUAAAAA